AAGCAAAAAAAAAAUUCAGUUUAAUUAAUACCUACUAGAAGUGCAAACUAGAUUUUUUUACUGGAGCAAAAAUCAGUUAGACUAUCGUAACUAGGGCAAUAUGACUUUAGCUAGCAAGUAUUCUAUUAAAAAUUUUUAAAAACUGUAGAUGAGCAACUACUAUUACAUUUACCGUCAUCAAAAUAAUAUCCAUAACUGCAAAAUUGUUAAAACUAAACCCUUCUAUGCAUUCAUCGCAGCUCCAUAUAUCCCUACAUUUCUUACAGUAAGAUUUAGAACAUUAAAAACAUAUUUUAGCUCCAUUACCAUUAUCUUACACUGCGUAAUCACAUCAAUCUUAAUUAGUAGGUCCAUAGCACUCAAAACAACUUGAGUCACAUUACUAGCAAGACUGUGAAUUCAAAUCAAAAUAUUAAUUAUUUUAGCAAUUCUGCUGACCAUUUGCAUAAUUUUUUGUUAGAAAAUAUAUUGCAAAUAUGCAUAAAAUAGCUAGCAUUUAGUUUUUUUAGAUAUUUUUUACUAAGAUUAAAAAGUAAAGUAAAAAAAUAAUCAAAAUAAUUGAUGUUUACUUUAAUUAUACUUUAUUAAGAUUUAAAAGGUAAUUAUUGA